CUCCUGAAUAAUCUGGGAAGCUGUUCGCACUGCACAUCCCUCCGCUAAACCACCGGACCCCUGUGAGUGUCUGAGAGCUGGUCUACACAACCGGAGGCGUCUUUUUCUCCACAGCAUCCAGUCACAGAGCUUCACCGACGAGCAGACAUGAGCUUCUUUGGUUUCGGUCAAAGUGCGGACAUCGACAUAGUUCUGAAUGACGCCGAAACGAGAAAGAAAGCUGAGCAUAAAAGCGAAGACGGCAGGAAGGACAAGUAUUUUCUCUUCUACGACGGAGAAACGGUGUCGGGGAAAGUCAACGUCACGCUCAAAUACCCCGGAAAGAGGCUGGAGCACAACGGCAUCAAGAUUGAGUUCAUCGGACAGAUAGAGCUGUACUAUGACAGAGGAAACCACCACGAGUUUGUGUCUCUUGUGAAAGACUUGGCUCGGCCAGGGGAGCUCACACAGUCACAGACAUUUGACUUCGAGUUCACGCACGUGGAGAAACCCUACGAGUCUUACACUGGCCAGAACGUCAAAUUACGCUACUUCCUGAGGGCAACGGUAAGCCGGAGACUGAAUGACAUCAGCAAAGAGCUGGACAUCGUGGUUCACACACUCAGCACCUACCCUGAGCUCAACUCCUCCAUCAAGAUGGAAGUGGGCAUCGAGGACUGUCUCCACAUAGAGUUUGAGUACAAUAAAUCAAAGUAUCACCUAAAAGAUGUGAUUGUCGGGAAGAUUUACUUUCUGCUGGUGAGGAUUAAGAUCAGACAUAUGGAGAUCGACAUCAUCAAGCGGGAGACGACUGGCACAGGGCCCAACGUCUACCAUGAGAACGACACCAUAGCCAAGUAUGAAAUCAUGGAUGGUGCCCCAGUCAGAGGAGAGUCCAUCCCCAUCAGGCUGUUUCUUGCAGGCUAUGAGAUGACACCCACCAUGAGGGACAUUAACAAGAAGUUCUCCGUGCGCUACUACCUCAACCUGGUCCUGAUUGAUGAGGAGGAAAGACGCUAUUUCAAACAGCAGGAGAUCACUCUGUGGAGGAAAGGUGACAUAGUGAGGAAGAGUAUGUCUCACCAAGCAGCCAUCGCCUCCCAGCGCUUUGAAGGCUCCUCCAAUCCAGAGAGGUCCCAGAGCAAUGAAGAAGACAACAGCUAAAGCCCAGCAUGCACUUCUCCUUCAUGUAGUGAGUGUGUGAGUGGACACAGUGCAGAAAGUGUCAGCAGCGUCUGAAUGUGAAUAUCGUUUGUUUGCAUCAAGAUAGAAUGCACUGCAGUGUUUUUCCGAGUGUGUGUGUGUGUGUGUGUGUGUGUGUGUGUGUGUGUGUGUGUGUGUGUGUGUGUGUGUGUGUGUGUGUGUGUGUGUGAGAGAGUGUGCAUGAGUGAGUGAGAGGCUUUGAAAUAUGACAGUGUGUGUUUGUCAAGGGAACAAACAGUCAGACCAGGCUAAGAAUGUAGUUACAAAUAAUUCUGAGUGUUUGUUUUAACCACCUUGAGGUACCAGCAGGGUGGAGUUUACCACAUUAAGAUUGAUUAGACAGUAUCAGCUAAUUUCUCUGUCACUAAAAAGUGCACAAAAUUAAAAGGACUUUUAAAUGCUUAACUUAAUAAUUUUUUUUUGCUGUUUAUCAUACAGCUAUAUAGUGGGGCAAACUCCACCUGUUAGAUGCACUUAAAUAUCAUUUGCAAAUACUGUUUGGCCUUUACCUUGAAUUCACAGGUGUGUAUGAAUGUACAGAUUGUGGCAGAGAGCCACCUCGGCUGUUUUUCUAACAUGGCUCUUUCCCCUGAACUGCUUUCCUGGCUGGAUGAUUGCGCUGAUCAGAAACUGUAGUUCUACUUCAGGUUUAUAAAAAGGUGGUAAAAAUAGAUCUUACAGUUCAUUUCUGCACGUCUCCUCACGAGAAUGUGACAUUGUGACAUCGGUUCAUUGAAGAUUUUAUUUUUUUUUGCUGCCAUGCUCUUCUUAUUUGAAUUAGGUUUAAAUUUAAAGGCUUGAUGUUGGUUGUACAUCUAAACGCUCUAAAUCAAAUACAUUUACAUGUAAAUAUUUUCAUACAUUCCACGGCUCUCAUCAGGAAUAGACAUGAUUGCAGAGGAUUUAUUUUUGAACCAAAUUCCAUGUUUAACCAGCAUUCAGUAUGUUUGAUGCAUCAUUUGGUCGUGGGUCAGUUGUCAGGUGUUGCCACUGCUGCUUCCAACAAACGUGGUACUUGUGACUGGAGUUCUCUUCCGUCCCUGUUACAGUCUCUGAUCAUUUGAAGCCCUGCUUUCUUAUUUGCACUAUAAUCUCAUUAUGGUUUUUUUUUUUCCUGCUCUCAGUUCUGGGUAUGAACUCACUCGACUCACGACAGGCUUCAAAAGCAGAGUCCAUGUCAGACUCCACUAUCCCUGGGUAUGACUUCAGAUCUGAAACAGACAGUGUUAAACCUCCGUCUGGUGACAAAGCGUGAUUCCUCCCUGUCAGUAGUCUGUCGGCUGCUGGGGACUGACUGUCGGUCGGUUAGUUAGCUUUGUGCCUAAGGGUUUAUUGCCAAAACAUUUCAGUGCAAUACUAGAGAACAGUUGCCACAGUGUAGUGCUACACCCUUUCUUCCCAUGAAGACUGUGCUCGUCAGUUUAUCCACCACCGUUUUUUCUAUUUAAAAUACUUUGAGUAUAAAGGUUGUUUCGAAUAAUCUUAAUGUGAAAAAGUGAAUGUAUGAGUAAGGCUACUCAGUCAUAUUGAACAAUUAAAAUUGUGAAACAGAAGAAUCCCACACUCAGUAUAUUUUCUGAACAAGCACUAUCAGGUUUUUUUCUAGCUUCUGGUCAGGCAGAGUAGAUAAUGGAGUUCCUGUGCGAUUACUUCUUUUUAUUUUGUUUCCUUUUACAAAACAGAUUUUUUUUUUCCCUUCCGUACUGAGAAAAGCAGACUAGUGAGUACGAAGUGUGAAGCACAGAAACUGAGCCCCAGCAGUCAGCUUGCUGUCCUUACAUUGCCCUAUGCUGCAGCCUUCUGCUUGACAAGCUUACGCUGUGCAACUUUGCAAAAAUCUAUCACUGUGUAUCAUUAAAGAUUUAGACAUUUUUAUAUUUCAGACUUUUCUUAGCAGUAAGGGUACAUUUUUUAGUGUGCUGUCGUUGUGCUAAAGCAACACGUCCGCUGUCACCAGACUACUGUUCAGGUAACUGCUAAAAUAUGGAGAACACCAGCCAAAGGUGUGUUGAACUGAGCCAACAGGACAUUGUUAUUUACACUCAUGUAUCUUGACUGAAGAAGGUACGGGUGGUUCCUUCUUCUGAGAUUUUCCUUUGGCAUGUUACUCAUGUGGGUAGAAAUCACUGCCUUUUACUCUACAGUCUCUAGUAAAACUUCAUUUUGUUAAGGGACUGUAUUUAAAUGAUUGAGGUGGGGAAGGGGGGCUCAACCUUAAGUUUAAUAACCCCAGCAUCAUUACAUUUUCUUUAAAAUAUUAAUAAGCCAUUUAAAUUGCUACACCCUUUGUCAACUCAACCCUGAUUUCAUACUGUACUAUUAAUAUGAUAAUAGUACAAUCAUUUCUACAUGUUAUUAAUAACACAACAAAUACUGCUUUCUGUUGACAGGGAAAUCCAUCUGCUCUCUAUUUUGAACCAAGAGUUACUUACUGAAGAGUCAUUAUCACUUCCACUGAAUUAAGGAACAGGAAGCUGAGGGGCCUCCUCUAGGACAGGGUGGGUUGUGCUGAACGUGCAGUAUGAUACCCCCCCCCCCCCCCCCUUCUCUGACUCCACCUCCCAGCUUACUAAUUUCCAUAGAGUCUCUAAACUGCAUAGCAUGUAUUCUCCAUUAUUUCGGUGUACUUUAUUUUGGCAGUUACCUCCACUGAUACAACAGUUCAGUGAAAUCUGUUAAACACAAUUACCAAGAAACCCAAAGCAACUUUGGAAUUCUAUACAGUACAUGUUUUUGUUUGUUUGUUUGUUUUAUGUGGAUGUUAUUUUACUUUUUGCCAGUACUGGUACAAACAUUCAGUAGCUAAACUAACCCAGUCUGUAAUAGAGACUAAACUGAGAUUAAAGAGAAAAGAAUGAUGAAAUGUACAGUAUACUAUAAAUGCACAAUGUAAAUGCAACCUCCUUUUUUGUUUUUAUGUUCUUGUCAUAUUUUAUCUUCCUGUCUAUAAAUGUUUAUUUGAAUCAUUUUAUAUUCCUGUUUUACUUUGCAUUAAAAGGGAGUACCUGAACAACA